UUCCUUGCGUUUAGACGUGUUUGAAAAGAAACUCGGAACGUGGCAAAGUAAAUACUCUUUGACUACACUUAUAUCUACCCACAAGCUAAUUUGAUAGUCAUAAUAAACGGUUGUGCUCAAAAACAACAAAGUUGAAAAAAAAAAAAAUUAUAAAAGCAAAUAAAUACUUCGAAAUAAUUUGUGUUCAAUCAUUUUGUGUGGCGCUCUGAAAUACAAAUUUCAAAAUAAAAGUGAAUUAUAUUAAACUAAGCAGCGCUGAAGCAUUUUGUGAAUGAAAUUUAAACUUUCGCUGCAAAGAAUAUACAAAAAGUUAGUGCUAACUAGAAAACAAUAAAUUGUGCUCACCCAACUUAAAUGGUGGAUUAUUAAAAAAAAAAAAGUCGUUAAAGUAGCUUAAAAGCUUGAAAACUUGAAAACUCAAACCCCAAAAUAAAUUGUUGGAUUAACCAUUGCAUCAACAUCUCUACUAGCUGCUAUAAGACCAGCUACACCAUUACUCUCAUUGGAUUAAACAUUUUUGUGGAUUAGCUGUAUUACUCAACUUCGUUAUCCACGCUUUCUACACAACCUUUGGAUUUGCGAAAAAUGGUUGUUUUAGAAGGUGGCGGCGGUGUUGUUACCAUUGGCAACAACCAAUAUCUGCAGCCCGACUAUUUAUCACCAAUACCAACAACGAUGGACGCCAAGAAAAGUCCACUCGCACUGUUGGCACAAACUUGUUCACAAAUUGGCGCUGAUUCGUCGGCAGUUAAGCCAUUACUCGCUAUGGAUAAAUCAAAGAAGUCUGCAUCUUCAUCUUCGUCAUCCACCUCAUCGAAUGCCAGUACGGAUAUGAGUGCUUCCAAGUCGCCAACACAGGCUAAAUCACCGAAAUCCACCACACCAAAUACCACCGAGGUGAAGUUAGCUUUUAAGCCCUACGAAACAAAUGUAUUAAGCGCUCAAAACCACAAUACAUUCAAAUCAUCAUCCUCAACAACUGUGGACGAGCAACGACCCAGCUCAAAAUGCUCCUCAAGCGGUGGUGCAGAUAACAAUACACGUGUGCCCUCACGCAACAAAUCCAAUUGUACACCAGAAUCACAUGCGAUCAAAAUGGAGAAUAUGCAUGGUGUUACACCGACACCAAGUGAUAAUAAUCGUAAAACUGUGUCUCCCGCCGGUUCUUCACAACGUGGCGCCAGCCCCAUUGUGCGUUCUGGUAUGGAAGUACUGAAUAAUAGCAACGGUUCAGCCACGCACCCUAAGGAGAUGAGCAGUAUGGCUGCGGCAGCCGCUGCUGCUGCUGCUGCUUACAAAGCGGCCGGGCCAUAUGGUAUUAACCCAUUAUCGGCGCUCUGCUGUCCCCCCGGUAUGGAGCAACAUGCCAAUCCUGCUUUUCGCCCACCGUUUGCCGGCGGCUUCUCACACCAUCACGCAGCAAUGUUAGCCGCUGCUGCUGCAAGUGGCGGUUACCCAGGCGGCCCCAAUGGUCCGGGCUCACAACCCAAUCCCUACAUCAGCUAUCAACGCAUCAAGACACCAUCCGGCGGUGAGGCUAUUGUACCCGUGUGCAAGGAUCCCUACUGUCCCGGCUGCCCGUACUCGGCACAUACGCAACAAAUGCUUAUGGGUGCACCCUGUCCAGCUGGUUGCACACAAUGUGAACAUCAAAAAUAUGGCAUGGCAAUGAUGGGCGGCGCCGCUGGUCUCCCACCGAGUCAUCCUUACUCGCAAGCUGCCGCUGCUGCUGCCGCUAGUGCUGCUGCGGCGCGUUCAGCGCCAUAUGUCUGCAGUUGGGUGAUAGGUGACGCUUAUUGUGGCAAACGUUUCCAGACCUCCGACGAACUCUUCUCACAUCUGCGCACGCACACCGGUAACCUCUCGGAUCCAGCUGCUGCCGCCGCCGCUUUGGCCCAGUCACAGGCACAAUCAUUAUUGGGCACACUUUUCCCACCAUCAGCACUCCGCGCCGGCUAUCCAACACCACCGUUAAGCCCAAUGAGCGCUGCUGCUGCGGCACGCUAUCAUCCUUAUGCCAAACCCGGUGGCAUACCAGCUAGCGCGUUGACUGCACCAUCCGCCUUCGGCAUGACUGGCUUUAAUCCCGCAGCGGCUGCUGCAGCAGCGGCUUUGGGACCCUACUACUCACCCUAUGCGAUGUAUGGUCAACGCAUUGGCUCGGCAGCGGUGCAUCAGUAAGCGUUUGCUAUAGCGAAGCUGAAGCGCGAUAAAUGCUGACAACAAGGCUAGUCAAGGAGAACGAAAGGCUAACCGUGUGAUCUUUGAGUGAGGCGCGUGCGCACAUGUCGACUGCAAGGCCAACAGUGAGUGGGGCAUAGGCAUGGUGUGCCGCGCACUCGGUUACAAUAUGCAUACCAAAAACAUUGAAGCGAAUAAAACAGAAACAAAGAUCUGAAAAUGAAGUUGGAAAUUGCAGAAAAAAGGCAAAAAA